AUGGCGGCCCUUACAGACUUCUCUUUUAUGUACCGCUGGUUCAAAAAUUGCAACCUGGUUCGAAACCUCUCAGAGAAGUAUGUCUUCAUUACUGGCUGUGAUUCUGGCUUUGGGAACCUGUUGGCCAGACAGCUGGUGGACAGGGGUAUGAAAGUGCUUGCUGCUUGCCUCACUGUGGAGGGGGCCCAGAAGCUCCAGCAGGAUACCUCCUGCCAGCUGCAGACCAUCCUCCUGGAUGUCACCAAGACCGAGAGCAUCAAGGCAGCAGCCCAGUGGGUGAGGGACCAAGUGGGCGACCAAGGCCUCUGGGCCCUUGUGAACAAUGCCGGUAUAGCCCUGCCCAGUGGUCCCAAUGAAUGGCUGACCAAGGAAGACUUUGUGAAAGUGAUUAAUGUGAACCUGGUGGGGCUUAUUGAAGUCACCCUGAACAUGCUGCCUAUGGUGAAGAAAGCCCGUGGCAGGGUGGUCAACAUGUCCAGUUCUGGUGGCCGUGUGGCCGUCAUUGGUGGCGGCUACUGUGUUUCCAAGUUUGGUGUUGAAGCCUUCUCUGAUAGCAUCAGGCGCGAGCUCCAUUUCUUUGGGGUGAAGGUCUGCAUCAUUGAGCCAGGGAACUACAAGACAUCCAUUCUGGGCCAAGAAGCUCUGCAAUCUCGCAUGAAGAAGCUGUGGGAUCGGCUACCACAGGAGACCAGGGACAGCUACGGAGAAGACUAUUACAGAGAAUAUACUGAAAAGUUGGUUAACUUGAUGGACAAGGCACAUACGAGAAUCAGCGAUGUCACCAACAGUAUGGAGCACGCUAUUGUCUCUAGGUGCCCCCGCACUCGCUACAACCCUGGUCUGGAUGUCAAGUUCCUCUACAUCCCCCUGGCUAAGUUUCCCACCUGUGUGACAGAUUUCAUCCUGAGCAGAUACUUGCCAAGGCCUGCAGACUGUAUUUGA